AUGCCUCGAUCCUCAUAUGCACCAACUCUCCUGGCUCUCCUUCUGGCCGCACUGCCCUCCACACAAGCCGCUCCCUUAUCACACCUGUACAAGCGAGAAAUCAGCACCGGCGCCAAAGCCGGCCUGGGCGUCGGCAUCGCCGUCAUCGCGAUCAUCCUCAUCGGCCUCAUCGCCUUCUUCGUCAUCCAUUUCCGCCGCCGCGCCCACCUGGCCACCAUCAACCAAGAACGCGCCAUCCUCGCGGGCGAGAAGAAUCAAGACGGCACAGACAAGCCCGACAAGUUCGCCCCGCCCCCUACCACCAACUCGGGCAUGCCUCGACGGAACAAGUCAGUCAAGGAUCGGCUCAUGGGGCCCCUGUACCGGGGCAGCACCAUUGACCUGAUGCCCAUCCCCAAGCCGGCCUUCAACCCCAAUCGAAGCAGCACCAUGACCACGCAGAGCGGCGACGCGGCUUUCCUGUCCAAACCCUGGGCCGGGGGUGAGAGCUCGCCAAGACCCAGCUUCAGCAGCAAGCGUGCGACCAGAAUGAUGAUGAUGAUGUAG